UCUACUUUAAAAUCUUAGAUUUUUUGUCUUGUUUUGGUUUCAAAUCUUUUUUAUAUCUACAUGUGUUCUCACACCAACUUCAAAUCAGCUUCAACUCUUUUCAAUCAUACUUUAGUUUCUCAUUCUUCAUCAUUUCCCUCCUCAUCAUCAUAUUCUUCUUCUCCUGCUUCUCCUUCAACUUCUUUAUCAUCGCCAGCAUUAUCUGUAAAAAUUUAUUAAAUAUC